UUCUCUGCCGGUGGCGCACAAGGAGCAAGAAUGGGGCCCAUGAUGCGGAGCUGUUUGAUGGUCCUGCUUUGCGCAUUCUGCAUUCACGCUGAUGUUGAUGUGCAACCAGAUUUUGAUUUGGCGAAGUUUUCAGGGAAAUGGCACGUCAUGGCAGCUGUGUCCGACUGCGACUUGUUCCAGAAGAUGAAGCCUAUCAUGACCACAUCCGCUACCAUUGUUAAACCCCUUCCAAAUGGUGACACGGAACUAGUGACUGGCUUCCCUCUCCCUAAAGAAUGCAAGAAGAUGAAAAUGCUCUUGAAGAAGACAGACCAGCCUGGGCACUUCACAAGUGAUGAUGAGACUGGCAAGAAAGAUGUGCGGGUGAUGGCAACGGACUACGACAACUUUGCCUUCCUCUACAUUUUCAAGGAGGCUGAAGGGGAGCCCAGUAGCACCAGUGUCCAGCUGUACACCCGACUGCCUAAGAUCACCAAAGAAGUGAUGGAGAUCUUCAAGCAGCUUUAUCACAAGGUGGGACUCACAGAUGACCUGAUGGUAGAAUUUCCCUGGUCUGAUCUUUGCUCCAAUCUCCUCAGAGACUGAAGAGGACCCGAUUAGCCAGCAGCAGCCAAGGCUUGAUCUCAGCCCCACUGCAAAUGCCUCCCCUGAUCUGGAAAUCCUUGCUGCUGAUUGCAUCUCGCACUCGCCUAUUCCCGCCAUGACCUUUCCCCCCUUUCUCCCUCUGCCUCAUCCAUAUCCUCUCCCUGUCUGCUGAAUAAACAGAUUUACAAACGAAAAAAA